ACACGGACAUGGGGAAAGAUGCUCGACCCAACUGGGACAGUCCCUUGCAGUUCCUGUUGGCCUGUGUUUCUUAUGCCAUUGGGCUGGGGAAUGUUUGGCGAUUUCCAUACCUGUGCCAAAUGCACGGCGGAGGGGGUUUCUUGAUUCCAUAUCUUGUGAUGCUGUUUAUUGAGGGUGUGCCUUUAUUCUACAUGGAGAUUGCUAUUGGUCAAAAGAUGCGCUUGGGAAGCAUCGGGGCCUGGUCGGCCAUUAACCCGUAUUUGGGAGGAGUGGGUCUCGCUAGUGUUGUAGCAUCUGUGUAUCUUUGCCUCUACUACAACAUUAUCAAUGCAUGGAGUUUCUGGUACCUCUUUAACUCAUUUCAAUCUGUCCUGCCCUGGUCAGAUUGUCCCGUUAAUUCCAACCAGACCGGACUUGUAGAAGAGUGCCAAAAGGCUUCUUCGACUCAAUACUUCUUUUUUAGAGAAACAUUGAACAUUUCUUCUUCGAUUGAAGAGAAUGGAGGCAUCCACACAGGUCAGGCUUUGUGUCUCAUGGUGGCCUGGGUGAUCACAUACUUCUGCAAUAUCCAUGGAAUAAAGUCAUCUGGGAAGGUGGUUUAUUUCACUUCCACAUUUCCUUAUGUGGUCCUCAUGAUCUACCUCAUCCGGGGUUUGACUCUUCCUGGUGCCAUUCAUGGUAUCAAGUACAUGUUCACGCCCAAGAUGGAAGAACUAGCCAAUCCUAUUGCAUGGAUAAAUGCUGCCACUCAGAUUUUUUUUUCUCUGGGUUUGGGAUACGGGUGGCUCAUAGCCUUUUCCAGCUAUAAUCAAUACAACAACAACUUUGAGCCACAGGCCUUCAUUGUUACACUCAUCAACAGUGGAACUUCAAUCUUUGCUUCCAUUGUCACCUUUUCCAUUUAUGGCUUUAAAGCCACAGUUAACUAUGAGAACUGCCUGGAGAGGACACGUAUUUUGCUGCUAAAUACUUUUGAUUUGGCGGAGAACACUAUCAACAUAAACAAUGUGUUUGACUGGAUGAAAACACUCAAUGCAACAUACCCGGAGCAGUUUGCUGAACUUGGCAAUAAACUGGAAGCCUGUGACCUAAAUGAUGAACUAGACACGGCAGUGCAAGGGGUCGGUCUUGCUUUCAUUCUGUACAGUGAAGCCAUUCAAAACAUGCCCCUACCUCAGUUGUGGUCAGUGUUGUACUUCCUCAUGCUUCUGCUUCUGGGAUUGGGCAGCAUGCUGGGCAGUGUGUCCGCCAUCACCACCCCACUACAAGACUUAAAAAUAUUGUCUAACGUUAGCGAUGAGGCUUUAAACGGGACAUUGUGUCUAAUCCUGCUGCUUCUCGGCCUGGCCUUUACCACCCCAUCUGGAAAUUACUGGUUUAUCAUAUUCAAUGAACACGGAGCGUCUUUCUCCGUGCUCUUUAUUGUCCUCGUUGAGAUUGUGACUGUCAGUUACGUUUAUGGUAUUAAAAGGUUUGUAAAAGACAUUGAAGACAUGAUUGGCCACCGUCCAAACUGGUACUUGAAGAUUAUGUGGGGGAUAGUCAGUCCCCUUCUCCUAUUAGUCCUCUUUGUCUUCUAUAUUGUCACUUAUAUCAGAGGAGGGACACCCACCUACCAAGCAUGGGACAAGGAGCUGGGAAAGACAGUGUUGAUGGGCUACCCUGUUUUUGGUCAAGUCUUCAUUGCCAUAUUGUUGGUGUCUGUCGUCAGCUGUGUUCCCCUCACAGCGCUCCAUGUAUACUGCAUGAAUCGGAAAUGUUCUAGUACUUUUGCAAAGAAGGCCAGAUUUGGUUAGAUUCAAAUGUAUAAGGGUUAGAUUCAAAUGUAUUCAGACUUACAUUCCUCGAACCAUAACCAUUGUAAAUUAACUUGUAAAUAUGUAACUAUAUCCUUUGCUGUCUGCAGAUAU